AGUCUGUCCGGGGCGGGGCGCGGGCGGUCCCAAAUCUCCAGUCCACACCGCGGAUUGCGUUUAGGCGGCAGGUGGAGAGUUCUCGCCCUGGGUAGCUGGAGCUUCUACCUGGAAUGGAGGAAGGAGAUGUCUCCGGUUCAUCCGUGCUGUCUGGGGUGACUGAUGGGCAGAACACGACAACAGACACAAACUCCGAAGUCCAGCCGAAGCCCCUUGUGCUCAGGCUCCUGCAGGUGGAGAACGAGCUUGAGGGUGAAGAGGCCGAAGCGGGUGAGGAGGAAAAACAAGGGGAGGACAUUGAGGAUGGCGAGUUCUCCGAGUCCCCUGAACUCUCCAAGACUCACAAAUCCCACGAGGCCUCCACAUCCUCCAAGUCCCGCAAGGCCAGCGAGUCCCUCCAGGCUCGAAAGGCCAGCGAUCCUUCGCAGUCCCGCAAGGCCAGCAAUCUUUCCCAGUCCCGCAAGAUCAGCGAUCCUUCCCAGUCCCGCAAGGCCAGCGAUCUUUCCCAGUCCCGCAAGGCCAGCGAUCCUCUCCAGCCCCGUAAGGCCAGCGAUUCCCGUCAGUCCCGCAAGGGCAGCGAACCCCUCCAGGCCCGCAAGGUCAGUGAGCCUCUUCAGUCACCGCAGGUCCACGCCGGUGGAAAAGGCGACUUGCUUCCGAACGCAGUGAUUACGACCUCCCCAUCUUUGAUAGCCAGAUACCUGCCGCGGCUGCAGCUGGCUUCCUUGAGCGCGCCCUGCACACGGCACCGCCCAAACAAGCCCCGCCUUGCUCCCGCCACCACCCGGCGCCCCCCGCCCCGGGGCCGGGUCGGACCCGCCACGGCGAAGCCCCUGCGGGCGCCCCCUAUCGGUCGAGCGCCAUCACCGCGCGCUGCCACCACCAAAGGUCGCCCAGCUCCCCUGCCCGCCGCUUCCGGACGCCCGCCGCCACGCCCCUCGGAUGCUCAGCAGGGUCGGCCUUCUGCACGGGAGGGGCGUCCCCAAACUCUGCCAGCGCGCCUCAGACCAGGGGACAGCCAGCGUGCCCGAAGUCGCCGAGCCUCUCCUGUGCGCACGGGAGGAAAACGUGGAGGACCAAGGCGCUGUUUACUCAGACCCGCCCGGCGCAGUCCGCAAACCGAACACCCUGUUUCUCGUGACCGUAUAAGGAAAUGUUUUUUUUCUAGAAAGCGAAUUGAAGAUCUUUCCAGACCGAAAAAGCAAUGGGGAACUCCAGAUAGAAGAUUGUUUUGGGGAAAUCAAGAUCCUAUCCGCCCUAUCUCUGAGACUGCUUUGAAGGCUCAGCUGUCCAAGAGACUUGAGGACCUUGCUCAGCCCAAGCUGGUCUCCCGACACUAUGUCCCUAACAGGGCUCAGUAUUACUACAGCUGUGGAAGACAGUCUGUAAUUUGGGAGAUCCCUCCUCCUGCGCUGUUUACCCGGCCUUCUAAACGGAUCCAGAGGCUGGCAAUACCCAACAGAUUCAAAACACAGUGUCUGCUGGAUAGCGAGGACUUACCUCCGCCGGGGACUUUCCGUUUCUCUGCUCCGUCUGCCCGGAUUCUGCAGCUCUCCGUAGCCAAAGGCCCAGACCCCAACUACGUUCCUCCGAAAAGCAUUGAAACCAAGAUCUCCUUCUCUACCCUGAGUGCUGUUGCAAGUCCCAGGAUUGUAGACCUUGCCCACCCGAGGAUCAAGAUAGAGGGUCUAUGCUAUGAGAGAGAGAAGAGUGAAUUGCCCAUCCGUCCCAUAUCCCCUGCUGCCCUGCUUGCCAAACCUACUAGCCGAACAAUAACCCUAGCCAAGUCCAAACCUGUUCACGAAGAUUAUCUCCCUGUCCGAGAUGCCCGAUGGCCUGUGUCUUCUGCUGCUGCCCAUCCUCGGGUGUCUGACAGAAUCCAGGAGCUAGCUAAUCCACCCCCAAGGGCUUCAGUGCAUGUUGUAUUCUACGACCCAGACGUGUUUAAAGUCAAGCCUGCUGCUUUGAAAGCACAGUGUUCUGCCAGGGUCAGGGAGCUGGCGGAACCCAUCAUGCGCUAACUGCAGCAAGCCAUCCGAGGCAGACACGAGUUACGUAUCCGGAACACGUAGCAGAUGACUUGGUUCCCUUGCCUUGGUAUUUACAUCUUACCGAUCACCUCCCAAACGUGAGACCUCCAGGGAACACCACCGUGAGCGUCAGAUAGGCACUGUCUGUGAUCUUGUCUUUACCGAGUUUGGGGACUCCACCCUGCAUUAAAGGGGGAACCGAUA